AAAAUAAAAAUUUAACAUAAUUCUUUAAUAUUUAAAUAACAUGCAAGUAGCUAUAUAUCCAAAUAAUUGCGAAAUGUUACGAUAACGCGGAAAAUUUUUAUUUUGUCUAAGUUUUCUCUCGAAGUAGAUGAAAGAGAAGAGUUUACUAAUUUUUCUCUACACAAUAAAAGAAAAAUUAACAAAUACUUUGUACUUUUAUAUAUGAAAGAAACUUAUUAGAAAAAAUAAAAUUUAAAAUCAAUUAAUGUAUCAAAUAAUUAAUAAUAAAAGUGUUAUUAUAGCAAAGCAAUAUAGAGAGAAAUUAUUUAAAGAAAAAAGGAUUACAUGAAUUGGUGACGGGUGGAGCCAAUCCAAUCAGUUAUUUGAUGCCAUGGAGGAGAUAAACGAUACAUGUCUGUCGAAGAAACGCCAAGAUUAAUCGAGACUGUCUUUCAUAAAAUAAAAGAUUUACUCUCGAAUAUAAUAUCAUUGCGACAAAACAUAAUAUCAACGCGAAAGAAUUAACAAUAGGAAGCUAGCGCGUGCUAUUGUGCUGAUUAAAGCAGAUCAUAAGAAGCUGCAAUAUAAAAGAAAACGUACUUACAUAGAGAUUAACAGUCACAGCGAGCGUUUAAAAUAUUGUAAAGAUUAUACAAAUGCAUUACUGCAUUACAAAUGUUAUAUGCAUGCUUUGUAUGUGUGCCGGGAUGCUUAAAGAUAUAUAGUCAAGUAGUUUGUGUUUUUAUUGAAACAGCCAGCAGCCAGCAGCCAGCAGCCAGCAGCCAACAGCCAACAGCCAACAGCCAACAGCCAGCAAUCAGAUCAACCACAACGACGAGGAACAUUUGUGAAAAUUGGCUGCUAACAAAACAUUUAGUGUGCACACUUGAUACAUCAAAUUACUGACGGAAGAGGCAUAUAAGAGGAAUCUGCGUUAAUUCAGUUCACACUUUGAACGCAUUGAUUGGUAUAUGUUUAGCUAGUUGAGUUCUAGUUGGUAUUCGGCCUAAAAAGGCCGCACAAUCAUACAAUGCGAAGAUGGAGCAAUUAAUUAUUUUUUCAUAUGAGUAAAUAAACAGAGAAAAAGUAACAAACUGACACAAAAGCACGAGAAGACAAAACGAAAAACUAUUUUUAAACUUUUCAAUAAACUAAUACUUAUGCAUAUAAGAGAUACAGACUAAACAUCGCUAAGUUGUCGUUAGUUGUCGAGUUGCACGUUAGCAAACGAGAAACACGAGUGCAAAACAUGCAUUGGAUAACACUGGAACUGACAGUAUAGGUUAUUGUUCUGUUACCUUCGAGCCUUAAGAGGAAGUAGUGGCGGUGACGUUGUCGGUGAAUGUCAGUCAUUGCGAAUGUUGUCAGUAAAAACGCUGAACAGCAAGAAGACACUCGAGCAAUUGGACCGGCAAGCAUGCACAUUGCAAGACACAUACUAAGCUUGCUAUGUGAAGAUAACAAUGGCUAAAUAAACUCAUCAUCGUCGUCAUCAUCACAAUUAAACUCUAUAUACAUGUAUUUGAUAUUGUCUCUCAAAGCCUAUUCCUCAAAAGGCAGAACAAUAGCGUUGUCGGUAAAUGUGUAGGAAUAGCUCUUCAUAAAAAACAAUAACAAAAGCUUUAGCUACUGUUCACUUGUUUUUAACCUCAAGGAAGAAGAAAAAGGAAGUUUUCUUAAAAAAAAAAAAAAAAAAACAAGAAAUUGCUUUAAAAGAGUUUCAAAAAGCGACAAAAGCGCCAGAAUUUUAAGCAUUACUUACGCCGUCAACGUCCAACUGAGCACGACAAGUACUUAAAGCGUGACAUUUGUUGUAUUGUUAAGUCUAGAAAAAACGUGACCGUCCGUUGACAAUAAAACUGAACAGCAUAUACACACUCGAAACCAGAAAGCGACCAUUUAAUAGCUCAUUGGCAGUUGACAACACGUUUUAACUGCAUUUAAGCAGCGAGAGAGACUUAUUAUUAUGGAUCAAUCGAAUUUAACAACUCCCGUCUCACCAGAUACUUGUACCACCAGUAGUUCAUCGUCCACGACAUCAUCGGCCCCCCAAUACAGUGAAGAUAUACGCCGGCCAUUGCAUGGCUUAGAUUUAUUAAGUCGUAAGGGAAGUGGAUCGUCUACCAAGACAUGUGAAGUAAAUUUAGGUGACGAAGAGCGCGAUACAUUUUCCCCAGUUAGUAGUAAUGACAGCUCCAGUGAUCCCGACAAUAUUUUAAACAAUUGUAAUGGUGAUGCCUGCUCUUCUUCCACCGCAAACAACACUACCACCGCCUUGGUACCGAAUAAAGAUAAUAAACAAUUGGAUGGUUUGUUACCACCAUUAAAGUUAAAACUCUCUUCAAGUCUUGUCAAUAACAUGCAUCCGACACCUUCAAAAGAGGAGAAACAAAGACAAAAUGAAGAGAUUGUUAUACUAGAAACGUCAUCGAUCUCUUCUGAGACUGGUUCUUGGGAAUCGGUUUUUCCUCAUGCUAAUGCUAGCGUUACCACAGCCACUGCGAAUUCCGUUAGUCAAAUGCCUUCAAUGGAUCCUCAUAAUAUGGACUUAAGUAAUUUUUGUGUAGGUUUUCUGCAAAAAGAGCCACUGCUUACUGUCGCAGGCAAAUUGGACGCAUCUGACAGAUUCCAUGAAGAGCCCACAUCUAGUGGGACCAAUUUACUCACGGAACCCGACUUAGAACCCCUAAACAGAGAACGUACAUAUUCGGCGGGAGCCCCUGUGACUGCAGAUACUAGUUCACUUUGUAAGGGUCACAGUUCAAAUUGUUUAAAUCGUGAAUUAUUAAUUGAAACAAAGGGUGACAAUCCUUUAACAAACUCGCAGACUAGCAAUUGUUUUAUUGACGCUUCGUCGCUUUGUGAUGAAGAUGAAAUUUUACCUUUCUCUAGCAAAAAAAAUCAUUCUCAAAUAGAACAGUUUAAAAUUCAGCAAAAGGCAACAGGUAAUGCCAACGGUGACUUAAAUUCGCCGACUAAGCAAUUAGAAACAUUCCAUAAAUCUUUUGCUCGAUGCAAAGUAAAAUCAGCCAAAGAAGAUAUGCUCACACCGAAAGAAGAAGUACGCCCGAAAUCAAGUUCAAGCUGCAGUUCAGAAGAGGGUGAAUCAUCCAAAAAUCGUAAUAAUUCCGGUGGUGAUUCGGCUAGUAAUUUAUCAGAUGAAGAAAAAUUGUGGAAAAGGGAUCAUGCUGCAUACUCACAAAACACAAGGGAAUUGAUAGAUGAGGGAAAAUCCCUUCUUAAACAACCUGUUCUCAGAGAUAAUCAGUUACUUGCCAAUGAUGAGGUUACAGAACCUUCGGUGUCAUUGGCUCACGAUUUGGACUCCUCUGACUCUUCUGAUAUGGUUCGUCUGCGUCGCGAACAAGAACGAAAGAUCCCUUUCAGCUUUCAAGCAUCUCCACACUUCAGUGGGUUACCGUCAUUAGCGUCAAAACUUAUACACAGUAAUCAGCCGCCACCGUCUUUAGCUAACCCUCCCAAUGCAACUCAUCAUAACGAUCUCAGUUAUACCACAGAUUAUUCUUCUUCUAGUCCAGCUCCCAGUUUGGUGUGGUCUGAACAUGAGCACCGGUCUGGCAGUCAUCAACGCUUGGGGCUUGGCGAAGAUUACGAAGUACAACAGAAGAAGACAUGUUCUUUACAACCUGAUACUCCUCAUAAUUCCAUUGUUCAUAUAGAACUAACGUCCAGCAACACUUCAUCUAUACAUAGAGACUGUACACUGUCGUCUUCAUUUUCUCACCAUCGCGAUUCCGGAGCUUAUUGCAGUGAUGCCACUGAUUCUCCAGUACCUAUGCCUCGCACACCCAAACGUACAAAAUUCGAUGAAGCAAAUCCGAUCAUAUCUGGUGGUGCAUGCAUAAGCGAUUUUCACGUCAAGCAAUGCGAAAGUCCAACUGUUCGAAGAAAAACCGACGCUUGCCCUAUAGUAUCUGGAGGUUUUGUUUCAUUGGAUUUUGAGUCCACUCGACCGUUGAUCGAUGACUGCGCUGAAGAAGAAGUAGAAAUGCGCGUCAAGCCAAAACUUCGGAAACCUUUAAGCGGUAUUGCCUCUUGGGUGGUGGACAUGAGCGACUGUCAACGCUCCGAACGACGCAGAAGCACUAGUUCUACAUCUAGUUUGGAAGCUUCGCAGUCAAAAGUUCGCGAACGUUCCGAUUCGAACAGCUCUCAUAAAAGUGGCUGCGGUUUUUACGUUUCCCUCAACGAGAUGAACAAGAAGCCACAUGAAGACGAAAAUGUAGACCAGCGAUCGCUUAAACAAAACAAUAUAACGGCACAAAUGAGUAAAUCUUACAAUGCACCAACAUCAACAAAAUUUUUUGUUAACCUUUCAACUAGCGAAUACAAACCGAAAGAUCGCACAUUAGAGGAAACAAAGCUGAAAUUACCUAAACAAGAUCAAAAUUCUUGUAGUAAUUCACAGAAAACUUCGUAUAGCAUGUUUAUUGACAUUGGAAAUGGUGAUAAGAAGCUGCGCAUGAAUGGGCGCCAAGAAGCAUUUAAUUUAGCUCAAAAGUUAACAGGCCAUCGAAAGUGCGAGGAAGCAAUGAAAUCUAGCGCUAGUUCAACGGAGACUCUAAUGUCUAAAAGUAACAAUUUUAAGAACUCAAUGGAGGUCGAGUCUAAUAUUGCGGCUGAAAGCAAAUCCUUAGAUUAUAAAAUUAACGCAGAAGCACCGAUUACAGUGGCAGCCAUAAGAAGAAUAAGCCAACAGCAAAGAAACCAAAAUGAGGCCAAUAAAAGGCAUUCUUGGAGUAAUAAUCCUAGCAAAGAUUUGGGAAACGUCGAAUGUAAACGCUCUAUAAGUCUUACAAAUAACGGUGAUACCGUCAAAAGUAAAGAAAACGGUAUUAAUAGUAAAGGUCUGAUGAGUAUUAUUGAUAAAAUACCAAUUAUUUCGAAAGCUUCAUCGCUGUCAGUGGAUAGUUCUUUGUCGCCUUAUGAUGAAUACACCGGUUCUAAGUCAGAACUAAGUACCAGUUCUGGAGGAGAACGUGAAGAGGGAGAAGCAGUUGGGAUAGCCGGGACUGCGCCAGCGAACCGCGUUAAAAAGCGCCGUCGGGAUGUUCAAAUUAAUGAAACAUUUGAUAAAAGCAGUUUGGCUUCAAUAACCGAUGGCAUUCUAUCGAAAGACAUUUCACCUAUGUCUGCCACCGACACCGACGAUUUGACUUUUCAGCAAGAGGAAGAGCAAGCAAUUAGAGAAACAGCUGCUUUGCAACAACAACAGCCAACGCAACAGCAAACUUCCUCUAAUUCUCAGCUUCCCGUUUCCACAGUUAAUUCUUCUUCCAGCCGCAUGUCUAAUAUUAUUAUGGAGACCAUUAUAGAAGCCAAGGAGACAAGUUCACCUAAGAAAAAUCUCUCUGGUCUCUCAUUGGAAACUUUACACGCCACCAUUGAAAAACAAAAGAUGUUAUUGGAGACUGUCAAUGAACAUGCCGAGGCGGAAAAAUCAAACUUUGUUAAACUCUCUGAUAUGGAUAAACCAUUGAAAUUGGAAAUUAAGUCUCCUGACCGUAUGAGUACUAGCGUAGGUAAUCACAGACAAAUUAAUCGUUUGUACAAAGAUGAUAACAGAGCCCGACCUCAUUCGUGGACCAUGUCACGUUCUAUAGGAAAUAGUUUCUUAAAUAUAACUAGUUCAGUAGAAAAUAUGCGUAGUUUGUCAAGACUUUUUCCUAAUUUUUCCAAAGAAAUUUCUAACUCUUUACCUAACGAUAUGGCGCUUGACAACAUGGACUAUCUUCAAACCGAUCUCAGCGCUGAUUCUAGUUUAGCCUCCAGUAUAAGUCGUUCGGGCAUGGAUGAGUCAUCUUUAUCCUGCCGGCAACCAAGACGUUUAGGCGAAGAUUUGCUCAAAAUGUUCCUCCAAGAAAUAGCCACUGAUAUGAUUGUGGAGGUGCAUGGAAGACGUAUCAAAGCACACAAAUGCAUUUUACGUUCACGUUGCCAAUACUUUGCAGCUAUGUUAGCCGGAAAUCAAACAACUGGUGUGGUUUCUCUACAAGGAUAUUCUUAUUCUGCGGUUCACUUUGCUCUCUGUCACAUUUACUCAGGCGCUUCGCAUCCUCCCGACGGCAUCAGUCUUAUGGAAUUAGCUGCAUUAGCUGAUCUAUUGGGUUUGGAGGGUUUAAAAGAGGUGACCUCACAUGCUUUGAAAACCAAUUACUGUCACAAUUUUCAUAAGCCAUGCUCAGGCUGUAUAGAUGGAAUAUUGCAAGUGUUACCUGUAGCCUUGAAUCACGCUUUAGACGAUUUGUACCGUAAAUGUCUGAGAUGGACAUGCCGACAUUACUUGAAAGUUUGGCCUACUCGACAAUUUGCUCAACUACCACCUGACAUAUUAGCGAGAUGUCGUCAACAAAUUGUAGCUUACUUGUCUUCUGAAACGGUUUUGGACACCGUUUUGGAUUGCGACAAUGUCCUUGGGCAAUUGGCUUCGUAUCGCUGGGGUGCACUUUGUGAAAAUUUGGUACGUGAUAUUUUGGAUGCCGCUUACGCUUACAUGGCAGAUCACUUUGCCAGCCUUAUAGCGAGUGAUUCGUUCCUAUCAUUAGGGCAUGAUCGCAGCUGCCAUAUUCCACGAUUGGAAGGAGUUCUCUUGAGAACGGCAUCAUCUUUAACUCCAGACCAAGCAUGUCGAACUUAUCAACGCAUCACCCGCUUAAAUACCGUUCUACAAGCCAAAGUCAUUCAAAUGCCUGCUAGUUUGGGUGAGCUGGCAAAGGAAUUGCAAGGCUUGCAUGAAGAAGAGUUAGAAUGGGAUGCUGAAUAUAUUCGUUUGGUAAGCUCCCUACUGUCCGCUGUAGAACAAUGCCUCAUCAGACAAUGUUCACGUGCUAUGAGAGUUACGGCUUGGCAAAGGAUGGAUUUGGAUUUACGUAAGAAAAUUCAAACUUUAGCGCGUCUUACUGAGCCGUUGGAUAUCAAACGCAAUAAGGGCGUCUCUAAAGCAUUUUCUUUCGGAGGCAGCACUCGCAGUCAAAACUUGCAUCAAGUCAAAUUGGCUAUACAAGCACAUUCAAAAAAAUCUGUGGCCCAGGAGACACAAAUGUAUAAAGCCACGCAAACAUUAGAAUCGGUACAAACAACUGAAAGAGGAGUGCAAGCCAAUCACGAUAUGAGGGAAGGUCGAGUGCUAAAGUCCAAUUCUCGAGCCCACGUACCUCAGCAUUAUCGUGCCAUCUCUCAGAGCACGGUCACUUCAGAUCGGAACGGUAUGAAUAUAAGUAUAAAAAAUCAUCGAAGAACUAAAUCGGAGGCACCAGCAGCUACUACGAAUACGACUAACAAAAAUUCUGAACCAAAGAAACUUGUGAAUAUGCCUAAGAAUAAAUCCCAACCCGUUAAGCUUUCCGAAAUCAGACCGCGAUAUUUGGAACCCAAAAGAGCACACAAUGGGCCUGUCAGAAGCAGCACAAGUUCUUCGAUACCGGCAGCCACUAAAAAGCAAUCCUAUCAGCAUUCCUCCAGUGAAACUUCACGACAUUCGAGCCCAGCAACUCGUAAACACACUGGGAAUAAAGUAGCUGGCAUUAAAUCCAUUACUAAUAUGUCUUUGGAUAGCUUAGCUUCAGCUACAGGUCGUGCUGCACAAAGCAAAGCCUGUAAGUCUUCCGAUAAUGAACGCUAUUCAGACAUAUGUGUAGAUUCACUUGCUGAAAGUCUUAAAAGUUCGGUGAUAACAAAUAAAACCACUUCUCAUGAAUCAUUAACUACCAACCGAUUGGCAAAACUUAAAGCAACAAGAAACGAAAUAAAUCAAACAACCACGAAUGGUCAAGCGCAAAAACCUAGGAUUGUCAAUGGUACGAAACCCAUAAGACCCACAAGUUUGGGCGCAAAGCCGACAAAGUACUUGCAACAAAAGAUUACAUCGACUGGUUCGAGCCCUUCAUCCGUAACUACCACUAAAUCGGCCACUAGUCGGCUGUCGUCGAUUAGUUCUACACAAUCAGGUCGAGGUGUUUACAAACGUUCUGUUUCUGUACCGGGUAAUAAUGAACCGCUGACAACCAAACAUAGUUUUUUAUCAGCUAAAUCGCGGGAAAUUUUAGCCAAACGUGCUGAAAAAAACAAGCAACAAGAAUUACUUAAACGGAGGACAAAUGAACAAAUUGACGAAAAGCCUAUAACAAAACCGAUUCCGGCAGUAGGAUCGGUAAUGCGUUCAGCCUCGCACAACUCGGUACUAACAACAAAUUCAGUAGCUCGUAACUUUUUAGCCUCUAAUAUUCCAACACGAAGACCAAACACUUUACAUCUAAAAAAAACCAACGGAUUAGUAACAACUUCUACGCAGAAAGCCGAAAAUAAUAAAAUUAUUGCGCGUAACACACAACACACCUUUCAUCAAGAACCCUACCAGACCGCCCAGGCUGUUAAACAAAAAAUUGAAUUACUCAUUAAAAGUUCAACGAACGCUGCAAAUGUUGUGAAUGAUAAGCACACCAAUGUCGACGACGGUCAACACCCAUCUAUGAUCGAAUCGAAAUUGGAACGCUCAAGUACGUUUUGCAAGGAAACGGCUGACGUAGCAGAUAUAAAUGAAUUGCAAAUUAUCGAAUAAACGAACGACAGUCGCCGAAGCAAAAAUAUGCAGCAGUAAAAAUUUCUUUCACUAAAGAGAUGAGACACUAAAACGCUGCUGCCUUAUAUUAAAUAACGCGCGUAAUAUGUAAGAGCGAAAAAAAAAAAAUAAUGAAAAUAUUGAGUUAAUAAUGAUAAACUCAACAAAGCAACUCUAGUCAAUAAUUAGUUGCUUCCACUCCGCAAAGAAAAAAAAAAAAGGAAAAUUUAUUUGUAAUCGUUUUAAUUCAUUUAUUAAUAACAAUGUAAUCAUUUAAAGUGACGGCAAGCAACUAAUGGAAAAAAAUUACUUAUAUAAUUAUAAAACAAAAGCACAAUUAAACUUACAUAUUAUGAAGUCUAUAUUACCCAAUAAUAAAUAGCCUGCCCGCCCCCUCUUCCCUCCCCCUCCCGUUUUUUGAGCAAACGAAAUGUAAAGCGAUAAAUAUAUAUAACGAAAAAUCAAAAAUAAAAAACAAACAAACAUACGAAAAUAGAAGCUAUAAAGUGUAGAUUUACUUUAACAUACACAAGUAAUUCAUACAACUGCACACAUUUACAACGUAUUCAUACAUAAAGAUCCCCAAGUUACCUAAAAUUGUUUCGCGGUGAUAUUGUGAAAAUAUUUAGUUGUUAAAGAAAAAUGAUGAACAAAAAAAAAAAAAAAAAAAAAAAA